AAGAUGCCUGUAUGAACUAGGAAUGUGUAUAUGAAGUUUGGGUUCUUAACUCUUACUUUUGUUUAAAAAAUCAGCAGGACCUUUCUUUAGAUGUUGAUACUGUCACAUGACUAACACAUGAUGUCACGGGACCCUUAUCAGAUUAUUCAACAAUGAUUGAGUAUCAUUUUGAUACUUCAUAUGAGUGGAUUAGUUAUAGGACGACUGAGAAAUUGGCCAAAGAGUGAUAAAGUGACCAUUCUACUCUCUUAGCGCUUGGCACUGUAUGUCCAGCAGGCCAACAGUGUGCAUACUGCAGUAUUUUGAUAUCUUGAAUACUGUAUAUAUUAUAUAUAUUACAUACCUGUAUUUUAUAUGUUUUUAGCUUCUGCCAAUGCUUACCUGACACCAUGCAUCCAAGAGUAUGUCAAAGGAUUUGUCGGUGGUUUUAAGGACAAGAAAAAGCUUCAUGUGCUGUUUAUGCAGUCUGAUGGAGGUCUCACUCCAAUGGAUAAUUUUAAUGGCUCGCGAGCAGUUCUCUCUGGGCCAGCUGGAGGAGUCGUUGGAUAUGCAAUUACAACUCAGGAGCAGUUUUCUAGAAGACCUGUUAUUGGUUUUGACAUGGGGGGAACAUCUACAGAUGUGUCUCGUUAUGACGGGAAGUAUGAGCACGUCUUUGAGUCAACAACAGCUGGUGUUUGCAUUCAAGCUCCCCAGUUGGAUAUUAACACUGUAGCUGCUGGCGGUGGCUCCAUGUUAUUCUUCAGAUCAGGAAUGUUUGUUGUUGGCCCUGAAUCGGCUGGAGCUAACCCUGGACCUGCUUGCUAUGGGAGAGGUGGACCAAUUACUGUCACAGAUGCCAACCUAAUCUUGGGAAGACUGCUACCAAAGUACUUUCCAAGAGUAUUCGGUGAAACUGAUGAUGAACCAUUACAAACAUCUGCAGCAAUGACUGGAUUUAAAGCUCUCACACAUGAGAUAAACCAUUUUAUGAUGGGCGCCAGUCCCUCAUUUAAGGAGAUGACGGUACAAGAAGUUGCCAUGGGUUUCAUUGAAGUUGCCAAUGAGGCGAUGUGUAGGCCAAUAAGAGCUAUGACACAGGGUAAAGGUCAUGACAUUUUUCAACAUAUCUUGGCAUGCUUUGGUGGUGCUGGUGGCCAGCAUGCUUGUGCAGUUGCAAGAGCACUGGGAAUUACCAAAAUAUAUAUUCAUCGAUACUCGGGAAUUCUCUCCGCUUAUGGCUUGGCACUGGCUGAUGUUGUCCAAGAAAUGCAAGAACCUUGUGCUAAAGUCUAUUGUGAGGAGAACAUGCAGUACUUUGAUGAAAAGAUACAAGAGCUAAUCCACAAAUGUGUUCAAAGAUUGAAAAAACAAGGAUUUCAACAGUAAGCACUAUAGGGUGGGGAUACCACAAAGGCUGAAGGGCUUCGCGUGCAGACUGACCAAUUAUAUCAUUUUGC